UCAAGCACAACUGAGUGCUGAUCGGCAGCUUGGCGUGUCCAUGCUCACAUCUGCUUGGGGUUUUAUAUGCAUGCCAGUUCCUGCGUUUUGCAAUAAACCUACACACUGCCGAGUGUUGCACCACAAGCAGCUCAAUGAAGACGCUUCGCUUACCAUCCUAUUCUCCCUGCAACACUGAGCCGUGCGAUGACUGUAUGUACCAGCAGCAUUCACGGUGCUUUCGAGACUUCAGUCGAUCCCAGCGAGGCUACCAGACCUACCGAGAUGUGCCAUGGGACCUUCAAAGAGUUCACCAGUUGGCCACCAAACCGAGAUUUUUCAAGCCCUGGAAGAGUGCUCUAAUCGCCGUGGCUAUAGCGAUUGCGGCAGCAAUCACCUUUGGCCUCCUGGUGUAUUUUUUGGCCUAUAAUCAGAGGCUGUUCUAUUACAAUGGCAACUUUAAAGUCACUAGUGUCCAGUACAGUGAUGUCCUGGCCAGACAAUCCUCAGGAGAGUUUAGAGACCAGAGCGGAAGGAUCGAGAGACUGAUAGACCAGACAUUUCAGAGUUCCAUUUUAAGAAAAAAAUAUAUCAGGUCACGUGUUGUCAGACUGAGCCCCGACACUGGCGGAGUGGUGGCACAGGUUGUGCUCAUGUUCCUUUUCUCUGCCACUGAUGAUAAAGCAGCAUUUCUGGGAAAAAUCAAUAGCGUCCUACAGAAGAAACUGAGUAAAUAUUCUGGGCCUGUGCGAAUAGAUCUUGCAUCUUCUACCAUCUCAGAUAUGAGGCCCAAGAGAGCUGAAACCCUCUUCAGUGACUUUUGCGGGUUACGACAGAAUAGAUCAGCAAAAUCAAAAGCAUCAUCAAUAUCAGAACGAGUAGUCGGAGGGUUGACUUCUGCAGAGCUUGGGGAUUGGCCGUGGCAAGCGAGUUUACGGCAGAACAACAUCCACCGUUGCGGUGCAACGCUGAUCAGCAACACGUGGCUUCUGUCUGCAGCUCACUGCUUUAGAAAAGCAAAUAACCCACGUAUAUGGACUGUUACCUUUGGAACUCUUUUAAGACCUUCAAGAAUGAAACGCUUUGUCAAAGCUAUUAUUGUCCAUGAAAAGUACCGUUAUCCAGCACACAACUAUGAUAUAGCUGUCGUGAAACUCUCGAAAGAAGUUCAUUUUACAAAUAUUGUGCAUCGCGUCUGUCUGCCAGAUCCAUCUCAGAUUUUCCCAUAUAAUUCUGACGCUAUCAUCACAGGCUGGGGAGCACUGAGCGACGAUGGCCCGAGUCCUAAUGUUCUCCAGGAAGCAACAGUGAAACUUAUAGACUCAAACACUUGCAAUAGGAGAGAAGUGUACGAUGGGAUCAUCACACCUGGGAUGUUGUGUGCUGGAUACUUGGAAGGAGGAGUAGAUGCCUGUCAGGGUGACUCUGGUGGCCCACUGGUUAGUCCAGAUUCUAGAGGAAUGUGGUACCUCGUGGGCAUAGUGAGCUGGGGAGAUGAAUGUGCUAAACCAAAUAAGCCGGGAGUCUACACACGAGUGACUUACUAUCGGGACUGGAUCACCUCCAAAACUGGCCUCUAAUGCAGCAGAAGUCACAACUGGACUAAGCUACACAGGCUGCAUGGAGGUCAUGCUCGUCUGUAACUCUACAAGGUGUCAUUAAUCCAUAUAUCCCUACGUCAAUUCCUGUCCAAAGCAAGCACUAGCUUUGCUGCUGGAGAUGUAUAACCCCUUGUUAAUUCACACUGAAGGUGUGAGAUCACCUGCCUCCUCUCCAAGCUCCGAAUCACUCUGGCUUAUUAGAAGAGAGGAAAACACCCCAUCAGAAUGAAAAAAGCUACUGAUUUAUUUAUUUUACUAGUUAAAAAGUGUAUGUACUUCUCCCAGGAAAGGAGAGUUACCUGCCCCAAGGUCUGAUGAUUCCCCCAGCCUUGGUACUCUCAUUCUCCUCCACUGGGGCCUAAACUCUUAACCACUUUUAUUCUAGCCAGGCAAGCCUGGACAGCUCUUCAUUUCAGAGCCUAUCAGCACAGUCCGCCAAUUACAGGACACUGGUUGCAAUUAAGACUCAGGGCAUUUCCCUCCAGUUGCUGAGAGCCUGGCCUCCCCCACUGCUCCAGAACAUGGAAUGAGGACUAGAAAUAAAUCAGAGUAUCUCGCAG